AAAAUCGUUCGAUGUUUUUUUAACGUUUAAAGCACCUUCUGUUAGCAACUAAGCACGGAAAACAUGACUGAACGAUGACAAAACAGUCCAUUUACGCGAAUUACAAGAGACUCGGCACUGGCAUUGGACUGACAUCGGCCCUUGGACUAAUAUCGUACGAGUUCUACAAGAUACACAAACAAAUAAACUCUGUCGUAAACACUCGGGUGCUCGAUCUGCACCGAAAGGGCCCUGAAUUCAUCUAUAUCAAGCAUCAUAUCUACCGAAAGUCACUGGAAAAGGAACUCAAAGCUCAACAAAGCAAGAAUUUCGUCAAUGUUAUUGUACAUCCCUUUGGAAAAUGGUGGAAAAAGUUCAAACAUUCACUCGCCUGGCGACUUCUGAGGAUGGCACAGGAGGGAAGUCAUGAUGAACGCAUCAAGGCAAUUCAACAACUCGCCUUGAUCGAUCAUCUGAAAGUGUUGUUAGAAGAUUGGGACUUUCAACACCUCGCUCAGUUAUGUGAUUACCGAACAGCAAUUGCUCUAGCACGAGCUGAAUGUGAUCUCCGAUGGUUUUUGCGUCCCCCAUGUUAUGGCGUGAAGCAAACCCCGUUGGAAACUGCUCUCAGCCUCAAAGCACUACUCGAACAAAUGGGUCCAAACCGUUGCAUCGAAUACGCGCUCGAAAAUAACUUGCAAAUUCAUCAGAUGCGUGACCCGGAAGGCGACACCGUUGUCGAUGGCAUGCGAUUAACGAAACACGAAAACGAAAUAAUGACGCAGGCACUUGAUGCGUUGUUACAUCUCACAACUUUCAAGGAUUUUUGUGAAAAGUUUAUCGAGGCUCGUGGAUUGGAAAUUCUAAUGGAAAUGGAGAAACUUGACCAAACCGACAUCAAUUAUCGUCUCACCCUGUGUCGAAUUGUUGCCAAUUUGACGGAAUUUAACGAUUUCAGUUAUGAUUUUUUCGUUACCGGAUGGAUUGGAAUCCUCGCAAAAUGGUCUCGUGAUGAAGACAUGAGAAUUCAGGUUACGGCAUCGCUCGCCCUUGCAAAUUUGGACAAAGAAGACAAUUUUCCGAUCGUUUAUCCGUCGAAAGUGUAUCCAUUGUAUCCGAGAAAUGAACGAAAACUCAAACCAAAUGUCGAUGUAAUUUUCGUUCAUGGGCUUUUGGGAGGUGUUUUCAUUACGUGGCGUCAAAAAAAGACCAUGACACCCGAAGUCAGCAGUAUCUCAAAUACAAAGUCGAAUGCCGUGUUACCAAGAAAAAUUAAAAAAAGUUUACAUUUUCCGGAUUUUUUUAAGAAAAAGGAAGAACCCGUUGUGGAAACUGUUAUUUCGGACCGUGGCGAGACACUAAUUCCGAUGAAGCAUGUAACGGAAGAUACAGUACCUAAUAUCGCAGAUACUCAAACGCAGGAGAUUAUAAAAGCACUGAAGGAGGAUGAGGGCAUCGGAAAUGAUUGGGAAGUGGUUUUUCAUGAUGUGCCAGUUGGAGCGUCAGAAAAUGACUCUGAUUCGUAUGCCGUGUCGGGAGAUGAAUGGCUUAACGAGGAAAGUCGAGAUGAUUAUACUUACUGUUGGCCAAUGGAAUGGAUUCCCGAAGAUUUUCCAAAUGCCCGUAUUUUAGGACUAAAUUACGAGUCUUCCCUCACGCAAUGGUACGGCACAAAUUGUCCCUGUCUCAAGAAUGCCAGUCAACUCAAGCCACGCGCUACCGAAUUUCUCGAUAAAAUAACCAAAGCCGGCGUUGGACAACGCCCCAUAGUCUGGAUCGGUCACAGCAUGGGUGGCUUGAUCAUCAAAAGUAUUAUCGUUCAGGCAUCCCAACAUCCCGACCCAGCAGUACAAAAUAUUUGUAACAACACGAAAGGAAUUAUCUUCCUCGGGACGCCACACAAAGGCUCACCCGUUGCCAAGCUCAAACAAAGCACUUCCGCCAUUCUCUGGGUAUCCGCCGAAGUGCAAGAUAUGAAAGAAGGCAACAGCACUUUGCUCAAACUCAAUGAAGAUUUUUUGAAAAUCAUCAAAAACGGCAAAGAAAACGUCGAAAUUGCGAGUUUGGGCGAAGGAAGACCCACAAUUAUGACGUCGUGGAAAUUCCCGUUGCUCAUUGUGGCUAAAGAUUCGGCCCGUUUUGAGCACGGCGAGUUUUAUCUCACGUCAGACGACCAUUUAGGCUUAAGUAAACCCAUGUGCCGACAAAGCUUUUUAUACCAAAGACUCGAAAAAUUAAUUCGAAAUGCCACGAAACCGGAACAAAGUGAGAUUGAUGAAGAAAACGCUCGAAAACAAGACAAACAGGAAUAUGAAAAAUUCGCCAAGCAACAAAUGUAUCAUAUGUUAUUUAAUUUUGGUUAGAAAUAAUUAUUUUUUUUUUGUAGAGAAAUAGAGAAAAAGACAAAUGAAUGACAAGCAAACUGAAAUAAAAGCGCUUCUAAGUAUAUUUUAAACUAAAAUUUAUUGACAUUUUCAAAAUAUCAUUCAUUUUUUUCAUAAAUCUUGCUAUCGGUGUUGAUUCAUUCUUCUUAAAACGUAUCACAUAUUUUAUUAUUCUAACUAUUUAUCUAAUUUUUGGUCGGGGUUUUGAUUUUUUUUUUUUUUGC